UUGCGUUCUAAAGGUCCUCAAAUGAUCAGGCUGUGAGGAAUCAGCCGCGGGGAUACAAGAUCCCGGCACGGUUGACAGAGUCUUGUCUAAACGCCUAUGCAAACGCAGAUGCAUGAAAGGACCAUGUGCAGAUCCAAGCAAAACCCACUCCUAUCCGAAAUCCCUUAUUCUCGCUUGAUUCGUCACCAUCCAAUCACCAUUACCUCUCCCUCCAACCACACCACCCUCCCGACGCCUUCCAGGCACUGCCCCGACACCUGCCUGUGGCUGGGCGUAUCGAGGCGGAGCCAUGGAAAUCGGCGUGCAGGAGGAUAGUUUCGUCGAGAUGUUGCAUCUUCCCAUAUAGGGAAGGGGUAGGCUCGCUAGGCGCGGCCUGAGAUGCACAGCCCGGCACUGAUGAUGUUGGCGCCGUGUAA